AGUCACUUGACUUUUAGACAGUCCCUAGUGAACUUCGUGGAUUGCUCCAGGUGACUUAAAUUGAUUCAGUCGAUCAAUUAUAAAAAAAAUCCGCAGUCGGAAAAUAGUAGGUGGUGAAAAACAAGUAAGCAUUGAUUGAAUCAGGUAAAGGAUUCACUAUUCAACUGCCCCCACUAUGAGUAACGAGGAAUCCUCCGUUGGAAAGGGGGGACAAUAUAAAGACUAUGCCUACACACCAGUAUCCACGAUACCAGUAACAGCAUCAACGGAUUCUGCUCCAGUUAUCCACCAGCAAGAGGAUCAGGAAGUUGAAGAUCGGGUUAUUUUCACAGCAGUUUCCCAGGAGCAGAGAAUGGUCGAGGAAACUGGCUCCAAGUUAUAUCAGUUUGUUGCUGCUGUCGCUGCCAAUUUAUGUAUUAUUGCGGGGGGUGCUGUCCUGGGAUGGACGAGUCCAGUAUUAGGAAAUCUCAAGGCCAAUGUGACAGAUCCUAACUUGAGUCCUCUCGACAGAAGCAUCAGUGAGGAAGAGGGAUCAUGGGUCGGAUCGUUGACACCUGUAGGUGCCCUAGUCGGCAGUUUUGUCGCGGGUUAUCUCGCCGAAACAAUCGGCAGGAAGCAAACACUUUUAACAACAAUAGUGCCUUUUGGCGUAAGUUGGGUACUGAUUGCAACAGCAACAAGCAUCGGAAUGUUAUACGCGGCACGUUUUAUCGGUGGACUGGCAAUAGCCUUUGCCUUCACCGUGGUACCGAUGUACGCUGGUGAAAUAGCUGUUCCAUCAAUUAGAGGAAUCCUGGGAUCUUUUCUUCAAGUAUUCAUAACAGUGGGACUACUCUGGGCGUACUGCAUCGGUCCCUACGUAUCGUACACCGUCUUCUGGAUCACUUGUAUGAUUCUGCCAGUGGCUUUCUUUGUCAUCUUCUUCUUUAUGCCCGAGUCACCGUACUUUCUCUCGGCGAAAGGUAAACACACCGAGGUGAUGACAGUACUAGCCAAACUCCGGGGGAAGAGUAUCGAGGGUGUGAGAACCGAGGCCGAAGAAAUCAAGGCAUCGGUGGAGGAGGCCUUUAAGAAUGAAGCAUCGAUUAUGGAUUUAUAUCGUGUUAAAAGUAAUUUCAGAGCGCUUAUCUACACAAGUGCUCUCGUAACAUUUCAACAAAUGACAGGGAUCAAUGUUGUUCUCUUUUAUUCGCAAACGAUUUUUGAUGCGACUAAGGCUGCUGACGAUCCUGACAGUGGGCUAUCGCCGUCUGUGUCGACAAUUAUCGUUGGAAUAGUACAAUUAGCUGCUUCAUGCGUUACGCCGAUCGUCGUCGACAGGUUGGGAAGAAAAAUUUUGUUAAUCUGCUCUGGAGUUGGCGAGAUUGUUAGCUUAAUUGCAUUAGGGGUAUUUUUCUAUCUGAAAACUCAGGCAGAUGAAAAUCAUGAAGAUAUAAGUUAUCUGGGCUGGCUGCCAGUAACUUCCUUGAUGAUUUUCAUAGGAACGUACAGUGUUGGAUGGGGUCCCCUACCUUGGGCUGUAAUGGGCGAAAUGUUCGCUUCUGACGUAAAAGCCAAGGCUUCUGGCAUUACAGUAUUCGUCUGCUGGACCCUGGCAUUUUUAAUAACAAAGUUCUUCAGCAAUGUCAAGGAUGCCUUUGGAAUGCACACGGCAUUCUGGUUAUUCGCAGUGUUCUGUGUUCUCAGUAUUGUAUUUACAAUAUUCAUUCUUCCUGAGACGAAAGGCAAGACACUCCAGCAAAUUCAAGAAGAGCUCGGUGGUGCUCCCAGUCAUUAUACCAAUGGAAGGGACUCACAGAAAGCUAAUCAUUCACCUUGAUGAGAUUUUAAUACUGAACUCGUCUAGUCUCCCCCCUUUUACUUUAAUCAAUCACAUUUGUAAAUAAAUAUGAACAAAUUCAUA